AUGGGUUUCGACUGGAAGUUCUGGAAAUCAAAGUUGCCGCUUGAUACCCCGCGCCUGAUCUAUCUACACCAACCAGAACUCAAUCAUACCCGAUUUGUCGACAAUAAAGUCUCGACAGCCAAGUAUAGUCUCUUGACAUUCUUACCAAAGUUCUUUGCUGUUGAGUUCAGCAAGUCUGCAAAUAUGUUUUUUCUUUUUAUCUCCGGAAUCCAACAAAUUCCAGAUAUAUCGCCCACAUCACGCUACACUACUCUUGUUCCACUCGUAAUUGUGCUACUUAUUACAGCUAUAAAAGAACUUAUUGAAGACUAUGGGGUUCAUCGUUCGGAUGAUCAACUUAAUGCAAGGGCGUGUAAAUUACUAGAAGGACAGCAAUUUGUAGAAAAGAAUUGGAAAGAUGUUAAAGUUGGUGACAUUUGUAGAAUAGAGAGUUCCGAGUUCUUCCCUGCAGAUUUGGUAUUGCUUAGUAGCUCAGAACCUGAAGGACUGUGUUAUAUCGAGACAAGUAAUUUGGACGGUGAAGUCAAUUUCAAGAUUAAACAAGCACUUCCUGAAACAGCAUGGUGUAUCUCUCCUGCAGAAGUUUCCCGACUCCAGGGCAUGGUUCAAUCAGAGCAACCCAAUGAUAGACUUUAUAACUAUGAUGGAACUCUAUAUCUAAGUCCCUUAACUGGGUUGGGGCAGCCAAAGCAGUACCCUCUUGAUCCUAGCAAGCUCUUGUUGCGUGGUGCACAGUUGCGUAACACUAGCUGGAUUUAUGGUCUAGUCAUUUUCACUGGCCACGAAACAAAACUAAUGCUGAACUCAAGCAAGAAACCAACAAAGGCCUCAAACGUAACUCACAUCACCAACCGAAAUAUCCUCUAUCUCUUUGUUUUAUUGGUACUCAUGAGUAUAUUCUGCUCAGUAGGGAAUUUAGCUAUUACGAUGCGAGAUGGAUUCCGACUGAGCUACUUAUUACAGGCCACAACUGAAAGAGCGCGCGAAUUUGGAUUCAAUAUAUUGACUUUCAUGAUUCUUUUCAACAGUUUUAUUCCCAUCAGUUUGAUGGUAACAAUGGAAAUAGUCAAAUUCGUACAAUCCACCAUGAUUGAUAAUGACCUCGAUAUCUAUCACGCGAAAACCAAUACACCAGCGGUGGCACGUAGCAGUAGUUUGAUAGAAGAGCUUGGUCAGAUUGAAUAUAUUUUUUCUGACAAGACUGGCACACUAACAUGCAAUGAAAUGGAAUUUCGCGAGUGCUCUAUUGCUGGCGUAUCAUACACCUCUCAUGCAGAUCCUGAUCGUCAGCCACAUACAGAGUACAAUAGUUCUGAGAAAUAUGCCUUUGAUCGAUUAGAAUAUCACAGAACACAUUCAGCUCAUGCCUCGAUCAUCGAUUCGUUUCUAACCUCCUUAAUGACGUGUCACACCGUCAUACCUGAGCGAAAAGACGGAUCAGACAAAGUAAUAUAUCAAGCAUCUUCACCCGAUGAAGGCGCAUUGGUACAAGGAGCCAGUACAGUAUUUGGAUAUACAUUUUAUGCUCGUAGACCACACACAAUCCACUGUGAAAUUAAAGGUGUCGACAAGAAAUUCGACAUAUUGAAUGUGUGCGAAUUCAACUCUACGCGAAAGCGCAUGUCUGUUAUUCUCAAAGAUCCUGACGGUAAAAUCAUCCUGUAUUGCAAAGGCGCUGAUUCUGUUAUAUUGGAACGGCUGGCACAAAAUACGCCUUUUGUGGAAUCAACUUUGGCUCAUCUAGAUACAUUUGCAUCAGAAGGUCUACGUACGUUAUGCUAUGCUAUGCGCGAAGUUCCCAUUGACGAGUACACCAAAUGGGCAGAUAUGUACGAUAAAGCGGCUACUACAUUGGUAGACCGUGCAGAUGCUCUUGAUAAAGUUGCUGAGCUUAUUGAACAAAACAUGCAGCUUCUGGGUGCAACUGCUAUAGAAGACAAGUUACAAGAUGGUGUACCAGAUACUAUCCACACUCUUCAAGAAGCUGGAAUCAAAAUAUGGGUGCUCACAGGGGAUCGUCAGGAGACAGCGAUAAACAUUGGCUACAGCUGUAAGCUAUUAAAUGAAGAUAUGGAUGUUGUGGUGUGUGCAGCUGAAGAUCACACAUCAACCAAAGAAUUCUUACAGAAAAAGCUUGAAGAGAUUACAGCUCAAAACGAUGGCCAGUCUUUUGCAUUUGUUAUCGAGGGAAAGGCAUUGACAUUUGCACUCGAAAAAGAUAAUGAACGAUUAUUUUACAAUCUGGCUAUUCGAUGCAAAGCUGUCAUAUGUUGCCGUGUAUCCCCACUUCAAAAAGCCCUAGUGGUUAAAGUUGUCAAGCGUUACUCUCAAUCCAUUCUAUUGGCAAUUGGAGAUGGUGCUAAUGAUGUCUCUAUGAUUCAGGCUGCGCAUGUUGGUGUUGGGAUAAGUGGCAUGGAAGGACUUCAGGCUGCUAGAAGUGCAGACUUUUCUAUAUCUCAAUUUAGGUUUCUCAAGAAACUCUUACUCGUGCACGGUGCGUGGGCGUAUCAAAGAUUAAGUAAAAUGAUCUUCUAUUACUUUUACAAGAAUGUGGCUUUGUACUUAACACAGUUUUGGUAUGCUAUCUUCAAUGGAUUCUCGGGCCAAACUUUGUAUGAGUCGUGGACAAUGUCAUGUUUUAAUGUAAUAUUCACCAUUCUGCCGCCCAUGGUGAUCGGCAUAUUUGAUCAAUUUGCUUCUGCACGAUUACUUGACAAGUAUCCACAAAUGUACCUUUUGGGACAACAGAAUGAAUUUUUCAACCAAAAAAGAUUUUGGGGUUGGAUCAUGAAUGCAGCAUAUCAUUCAGCAAUUCUGUUCUUUGUGGGAAUGAUUGCCUUUGAGGAUGAUGCUGUCUUUGAGAACGGUUGGACAGGCGGGCAAUGGUGGGUUGGGACUACCAUUUUCAGUGCGACUUUGGCUACUAUUUUAUGGAAAGCCGCCUUGAUUACAGAUAUCUGGACAAAAUAUACGUUCAUUGCAAUACCCGGAUCCAUGCUGAUAUGGUUUCUAUUUUUGCCACUUGUGUCUUAUGUUGGUCCUCAUUUACCUUGGGCAAUAUUUACUGAGUACCAAGGAAUUGUACCAUUGUUGUAUGGAAACUUGAAUUUUUGGUUAUUUUUUUUCCUUGUCCCGCUAGGAUGUAUUCUUCGUGAUUACAUAUGGAAGUACUACAAACGGAUGUAUAAACCAGAAAGCUACCAUUGUAUUCAAGAAAUUCAGAAACUCAACUUACCUGAUUAUCGACCGCGCAUGGACCGAUUCCGUCAGGCUGUAAACAAGGUUCGCCGUAUUCAACGCCUGAAGCAGCCUCGAGGUUAUGCUUUUUCACAAAAUGAUACCGAUCAGUCCAAAAUCAUUCGGAUGUACGACACCACGCAACAGAAACCUAUUGGGUAA